AUGGCGGACCCGGCGGUGAGCAGCUACCUGGCGAAGGUGCUGUGCUUGCGGGGCGGCCGCCUGGCGCUGUCGGAGCUGCCGGGGGAGGCGGGGCUGUCGGCGGGGCAGCUGCAGCAGGUGCUGCGCGACGCGGGGCCGGAGCGCUUCCUGGUGCGGCCGAGGGGCUCCGGAGACCACGACGUGCUGGCCGUCUCCGCCGUCCGCCUCUGCGUCCGCCAGGCCUGCCCGGGCUGCCCGCAGCUCCACCUCUGCAAGCUCAACCUCCGACGGAGAUGCUGGGUCGGUGCUUGCAAGUAUUCGCAUGACAUUUUCUCAGAAACUAACCAGAAAGUUUUGAAAAAGCAUGAACUCUCUGGCCUUAAUGAAGACGAACUGUGUGUCUUACUUUUACAAAACGACCCUUUUCUUUUACCUGAUGUGUGCGGUGCCUACAACAAAGGGGAAGGGUCCUGCACGCAGGGGGAUAAUUGCUCCCGGCUUCACAUUUGCCGCUAUUUUCUCAAAGGAGAAUGCCGUUUCCCCCGUUGUAAGAGGUCUCACAACCUCCUGGACGACCAUGCGACGCGUCUGCUGCUUUCCGAAGGCCUGGAUCAAGACACAAUUUGGAACUGCCAAACCAUUUGCAGAGCCAGGAGUGCUGCCUUCAUGAAGGAGCUCGGUUGCCGUGACAGACCCCUAAAUUGUGCACCUGCAGCAGAUAAGGAACGCUUAAAUACGCGUCCCAAAAAUGAGAGGCCUCCACCAAUUAACCCAAAUCAUUUUGUGAAAGUCGGCCAGCCUGAACAAGGUGUACAAGGAGCUGCUGCUCCGAAAUCUCCAAGCGCAGAGAAGGGAAAAAGUGAAGAAAUCUGUCUGUAUUAUGUCUGGCAGUUCUGCAAAAAUAAAAAUAAUUGCAGUAUGAUCCAUUAUGAUCUUCCUUACCGGUGGCAGAUCUCCACCAGCAAUGGCUGGAAGGAUCUUCCCAGAAGAGAGGAAAUUGAAAAGGCUUACUGCGACCCAAAUAUUACCAGUUUUCCAGAUCUACAUCUAGAUUUCAUAACCAUGACUUCUGUCGCUGAUCCCAUUCGGCGCCUGUCCACUGUGUCAUCGGUCACCAAAGAGGCUAAGUUCGUCAUGACAACCAAGUGGCUGUGGUACUGGAGGAAUGACCUGGGCCAAUGGAUCGAAUAUGGGAAACAGGACAGGCAACCCCACCCUGCCAGUCUAACUUCGGAUGAUCUGGAGAACCUUUUCCUAGCCGAGCCAGAUGGAAGCAUCCAGUUUGAAGCUGGCUCUCAGAAAUACGUGCUGAACUUUAAAAAUAUGACCCAGAUAAAUUUGAACUAUCCUACCCAAUGGGAGGUCCGAAGGCGUCCCAAGUUUGUUUCCUCCGAAGAUGUCAAGACAAAGAAAGGACACACGGCAACGACAGCUCCUGCACCCACACCGUCUCCCGUAGCAGCUCCAGUUUAUCCUCCAAACUGGGAUCUUACAGCCUUACCUGCUAUCGGAUACGAGGCCAUUAACCUCAACAAAGGGUCUCCAGAGUUCGUGAAAAUUGAGAAUCUCUUUCAGAUGACGAUGAAAAACAGUAACAUUCGCAAAAUAGAACGAAUUCAGAACCCGUCUCUUUGGCAAGUCUACCAAUGGCAAAAGGAGCAGAUGAAGAAGAAGAAAGGAGGGCAGAAAAUUGACGAACGGCUCCUCUUCCAUGGGACGAGCCCUUCCAGGCUGAAGGCCAUCUGCGUGGACAACUUCGACUGGAGAAUCUGUGGCACAAAUGGGACCGUUUAUGGGAAAGGAAGCUAUUUUGCCAGAGAUGCCAACUAUUCUGACAACUACUGCAAGGCGAAGGACGAUGAGAAGGUGAUGUUCGUGGCGCAAGUCCUAGUGGGUGAAUAUGCCGUGGGGAAUCCGAUAUACACUCGCCCGCCGGCGAAACUGACCGGCGUGCUCGACACUUACGACAGCUGUGUGGAUCGUACAGUAAACCCGUCUGUCUUCGUCAUUUUUGAGAAGCAUCAGGCUUAUCCUGCCUAUCUUAUCUUUUACAGAGAGGAAAAGAAAUGCAUUUUAUCUUAAAAAAUGCCUUUACAUUAUCAUAAUAAUCUUAGCAGUUUAAAUGCGUGUGGCCCUUCUUUUCAAAUCAGUCCGAUUUUAUGGAAGCGAUAUCUGUUUUCAGAGGAGUAUGAAAGGUUGAAUCACUAUUGUUGAUGGAUAGAAACCCUACUUUAUUUUUAUCACAAAGAUGUUUUAAGAAUACCGAAAAUUUGUAAAAAAAAAAAUUAGGGGUUUUAAAUCCAAUUUUACUAAUCUCGUUUCUUAGUAAACAAGUUUUUGUUCCUCUUCAGCUUUUAGCUUUUAAUAUAUCAUGUUUAUUAUGGAUGGGUGUUUAAUCCAUCAAUAAGGUUGGACAAACUAUAUUUAUACUUUUGUCCACCUAGACGGAUGCAAAUUGUUACUACUGAAGACAUACAGUGAGUGAUUAUCAAAAGAAACUCCUGUUUGCUCUGCGUAUAAGUGAAAGUUUCGCAUCAGCUGUAAGAUCCAGUGGUUUGAAAAUAAUACCUGUGGUUCUGAAUCCGUGAUUAAAGUUCUUCGUUUUCUAUUUCAGCUUACACAAUCAUGCUUCUGCGCAUACCCCCCCUCCUCCUCCUCCUGUUGUCGCUUAAUGAUUUGAUGUAACGCUUUCUAGCAUCCGGCUUCAGCAGCUUCAUAUUUUCAGUUUAGCAAGUGUGUGAUCCUCGCUUUUUCAUUUUACACAAGAUUAGUAUUACAUUUCCUUGCUUUGCAUAUUUGCGUGUUAAUUAUACAGUUGGGAAAAUGCGAUGCUGAUUUUUCUGCAGAUUGGCUUGAAAAGCAUCAUUGUGGUAAUAGUAGUGAGGGACCAGGGUUGGCAUUAAACCCGGGAAUAAAAGUUGCCCUCGAUAUCAAGAAACAUCUAGUUGUGCCUCGUAAAGAAAAUCUCUGUUGCUCUAUAAAGAUCAUCCUUGACUUAUGACGCCUUUGUUCGGUGGCUGUUCAAACUUACAACGUUCCUGAGCAAAGGGACUUAAGAGCCAGCCAUGAAGUUAAGGCUGUUGCAGGAGUGCCACUCACCUGAUUGGAAUUUGGGGAUUGGCAGCCCACGCACAAUUACGACUAUAGGGGCACUUUAACUCCCCAUCACCACA